CGUCCUUUUCUGUUGUUUUGUUGAAGCUGUAAACGGUUGUUCAAGCUUUUCCGAAUUUUUUUAUACAUACAACUUAGCAGUAUUCUAGGUUUUUGCUUGCUCACUUGUUUCGUCACAUAUUAGCAAAUAACUAUUUCUAUUAAUUUUUGAUCAGCCGUGUAAUAAUUCAGCGUAUAAAUACCGCAAGGUAAACAUUAUCGGACGUAUGAUAAACACAUAAAACCUCCGUUUUCCGAAACAAUCUGUCUAUUCUCCGCCGGUAUCGCUGCUUAUCGGCUGAUUCCCACAAUGCAACUUAGCGUGUGAAACACGGAAUGCCGGAUACGGAAAUAACAACCACAAAACACUAGACUGGUUACCCUACUUAAAGCCGCAAUUACUGUCACGAUGCACACGCUGCGUUGGACUUCGUAGCUGGCGCGAGUAUCGGCGGAUGUCGCAUAUCGGAACCGGAAAUGUCUGUAUUAUCCGUUGUUGUCGUUUUGUCGGCGGCCCUCCAGUUAACGGCCGCCUCGCCGACAUUCCGGAUUGUCGGUGGCGCUGUGGUGGCGAAAGCGUCCCGACCCUACCAAGUACACAUCCGCUUCCCUUUUGUGUACAACGACGGCAAUGUCGCGCCUAUUUGGGGAUGUGGCGGAGUGAUAAUCGGAGAGCGUUGGAUUUUAACAGCGGCACACUGCGUGCAUAGCGCCACGGAUGAAAAACAGGCCUUCGAAGCGGGUGCCCUCUUAGUCAGAGCCGGCCAGCACGAUACCACCGUGGCGGAAAAACACGCCGUCGACUACGCCAUCUCCACCAUCCUCCCGCACCCCAACUACACCAGCGCCACCUUCGCCGACGACAUCGCCCUCCUGCGCACGCGCCACCCCAUCACCUUCACCCCCUACAUCCAACCCCUGCCCCUCCCCGCCCCCACCGACCGUCCAACCGCCUCCCGAAAGGUGACGGUCAGCGGGUGGGGGAGCGGUUACUACGGGAGUGCCGGCAGCACCCGGCUGCGGGCGGUAGACCUGCAGAUCGUCGACACGGCGGAGUGCAACCGCUGGGAAUCGUACAACGGAAAGGUGUUGCCCGGGAUGUUCUGCGCCGCCGCUCCCGGGAAGUCCAGUUGCGGCGGGGAUAGCGGGGGCCCGGUGACCUGGAGGUGUGGUCAGGGGGAGGAGGGGUGUAGGGAGGGGGAAGAGGUGUUAGGAGGGUUGGUGUCAUGGGCUAUGUUGUGUGCGCAGAAGAACUAUCCCUCGGUGUUUGUGGAUGUGGGGUAUUAUUUAGAGUGGAUUUAUAAAACAAUGGCGGAGAAUUCGCCGCCGGAUGUUAGUGACGAUGAAUUGUUUACUGUUUAACUUCUCAGUUUGUCGUGUUCAUUUUACCGGUGGCAAGAAUUAGCACAAGGGCAUGCAAAAAUUUACAAAGAAAAAGUUAAAGUGAAGUAAAAGAAAAUAA